AUGGUGGCUCCGGCCUCAACAGGAGCAAACGCGAUGGCUGGUCAAACUUCUAUGGGCCGCCUGCCCACCCGGUCUGCCAGCACGCACCCGUCGCAUUCGCAUAAUGUUCCUUUGAGUGCUCGUCGGUCUGCGCCUCUGGAUCUCUCAACCGUUGAGCGCCGCGGUCAGCCCAACAAUCCCCGCGAACCGUCGAAGCGAGUGCGUCCCCAUGGCAUCCCCGAAGCCCCGACCUUUCGCCCAACCGAGGAGGAAUUCAAAGACCCCGUGGCAUACAUCCAGAAGAUUGCGCCAGAAGGCAAAAAGUACGGAAUAUGCAGAGUUAUCCCGCCCGAUAACUGGCAGCCGACUUUCGCCAUCGAUACAGAGCGAUUUCAUUUCAAGACCCGUCGACAAGAACUGAAUUCGGUCGAAGGAGGUAUGGCCCCGUGUUCAGCUGAGGAUGCUGCCGGUGGAACCAUUCAUCAAGACGGUUCUAACCAGAACUUUCAAUCAGGAAACCGCGCCAACAUGAACUACGUUGAUGGACUCGCCAUGUUUCACAAGCAGCACGGAACAAACUAUAGUCGCCUACCCAGUGUAGAUAAGCGCCCGUUGGACUUGUACAAGCUGAAGAAGGCCGUAGAGGUCCGCGGUGGAUUUGAGUCCGUUUGCAAAACAAAGAAAUGGGCUGAGAUCGGCCGAGACCUUGGCUACAGCGGCAAGAUCAUGUCCUCGCUCUCUACAUCGCUCAAAAAUUCGUAUCAACGCUACCUGCAACCCUACGAAGAAUAUCUCGCUCGAGCGAAGCCUGGUGUUCAGCAACAGCUUGAACUGGAACAUGGUGGCCCUUUCACGCCAUCCCCGCGCAAUUCCCCAAUGACGAAGAAACCAUUCAUAGAGGAAAAUGGUACCCCAUCUAGGACCCGAGAACCGACCCCUACCAUGCGUAUGCCGACAGGCUCGAAUACCCCAAUGGAGAAACCAGCUGAUCAACCCACCCUGUCUGUCGAGCCCACGCCCCCUCCGCUUCGUCCUACACCGUCUGGAUUCACCUCUGUUAACUCAGGUCCCGCUGGGUUUACUGCCGUUAACCACUCCCCUUUCACUCCUGUCAACAGUGCCCCUCCCAUCAAGCGCGAGGGAGAGAAUGGAGCGUCGACUCCUCAAAGUGUUGCGGAACAUUCAUUCCACUCGACUCCAGUGCCGAAUGGCCAAUCCGACCAACAUAUGAAGCGCGCUAUCAGUGAAAGCGGUUCUCAGGCCGAGAAUGGCGAUGGCGAUGACGGUGGAAGUGGACGACGUAGCAAGCGUCUCAAGAAAGAUGUGCCCAAUGUGGCUGGAUCACACAUGUCUCUCCUACGCCCUGCGCCACCUAAAGUUCGAAAGGAAGGCCUACAAAGAAUCGGCGAUAAGUGCGAGUCUUGUGGAAGGUCGGACAAUCCCUCUACGAUUCUCGUCUGCGAUGCCUGCGAUCUCGGAUACCACACAGCCUGCCUUGACCCCUCUACCACGGCUUCCUCGGAUCAUGAUUGGCACUGCCCCAAGUGUCUGGUUGGAACCGGUGAAUUUGGGUUCGAAGACGGUGGCGUUUACUCUUUGAAGCAAUUCCAAGAAAAGGCCAACGAGUUUAAAAAAGGAUACUUCGCUACCAAGAUGCCAUUCGAUCCUGUUUUGAACACUCACCGCCGAGAGACCGAAGAUGACGUGGAAGCCGAAUUCUGGAAGCUGGUUGUCGACUUACAUGAAACUGUUGAAGUGGAGUAUGGUGCAGACAUUCACUCAACCACUCAUGGCAGUGGCUUCCCGACCAUUGAACGCAACCCACUCGAUCAGUAUUCUUCUGACCCUUGGAACCUCAAUGUGCUCCCCUUCUAUGGCGAUUCUCUCUUCCGUCACAUUAAGUCCGAUAUCUCAGGGAUGACUGUUCCCUGGGUCUAUGUCGGCAUGUGCUUCUCUACUUUCUGCUGGCAUAAUGAGGACCAUUACGCAUAUUCCGCCAACUACCAACAUUUUGGCGCGACAAAAACUUGGUACGGUAUCCCUGGAGCUGAUGCAGAAGCUUUCGAGUCCGCCAUGCGGGCAGCAGUUCCGGAGCUCUUCGAAGGACAACCGGAUCUCCUGUUCCAGCUUGUUACUUUAAUGCCGCCCGACAAACUUCGAAAGGCUGGCGUGAAUGUUUACGCUGUAGACCAACGCGCAGGCCAAUUUGUUCUCACUUUCCCCCAGGCGUAUCAUGCAGGGUUCAACCAUGGCUUCAAUUUCAACGAGGCAGUCAACUUUGCACCUGCUGACUGGGAGCCCUGGGGCGCUGCAGGCGUUGAUCGUCUUCAAUCUUUCCGCAGACACCCAUGCUUCUCGCAUGAUGAACUGCUCUUUACCGCAGCUGCACGAGACACAUCCAUCACAACUGCCAAAUGGCUUGCACCUGCACUCGAGAGAACUGUUAACCGUGAACUUCGCGAAAGAGGCAACUUUUUGGCUAACCACAGGAAGUUAGCUAGCCCCAAGAGCACCACAACUCACGCAUGUGCGGUAGGGACCGCUGAUCCGUCGACUGGUCAAUGUCCGCUCAAACUUGUUGUUGAGGAAGAGGACAUCCCGGAAGAUGAUUAUCAAUGCCAGCACUGCAAGGCUUUCACUUACCUUACCCAGUUCCGCUGUCAAAAGUCAGGCAAGACUGUUUGUCUUUCACAUGUCUAUGAUUACGACUGCUGUGGUGAUCUGUAUCACCAAAAACUGUUUGGACAAGAUCACUUCCUACGCUACCGCGUUAGUGAUGAGGAGCUUAAGUCAACGGUACUAAGAGUCCAAGAGCGAGCAAAUAUCCCGAAGGCAUGGGGGGAGAAGCUCGACAAGACCUUGGAGGAUGAGCCAAAGCCUCAGCUGAAAGCUCUCCACAAUUUGCUCAGUGAAGGUGAGAAAAUCCCAUACCACCUACCUGGCCUCCAAGAUCUUGCGGCCUUCGUCCAGCGUUGCGAUAAAUGGGUUGAAGAAGCGAACAACUACAUUACCCGGAAGCAACAGAACCGGAGAAAAAACGAAAAAGCGUGGCGCCGCGCCAGUACCAAGGCCGCGCAGCUGGACGAUCGCGCCCCUGAAGUUCGCAGAGUAGAGAACAUCUACGCCCUUCUGGCAGAGGCUGAUAAACUUUCCUUCGACUGUCCACAGAUGGCGGCCCUGGAAGAGAAGACUCGCGAAAUCGAGAGAUUCCGCCAGGACGUUAACGUUGCCCUGAUGAACCCGCAUGCCCGAUCGACCCAGGAAAUCGAGGACCUUGUUGAAGCUGGCCGAAACUUCAACGUGGAAAUCCCGGAAGUUGAACACCUGGAACAAAAUCUCCGCCAACUGAAAUGGACCGAGGAAUCUUUACGCAAACGGGACCAACGCCUUACCCUUCAGGAUUGCCAGGAUGUUGUCGCCGAGGGCACAAAACUAGGCAUUCCAGAUGCUAAUGAGCACUUGCUCCACUUCAAGGAACUCACUCGACAUGGCGAAGCUUGGGAGGCUAAGGCCAGAGAGCUCAUGUCGGUAGAAGCUGUACAUUACCAGCAGUUGGAAGCACUCUCCGCCCAGGCGACUCGUUUCCCUGUUUCCCCAGAAACCCUAGCAGCCAUCGAUGCCAUUCUGACAAAGCAGCGAGAGGCCCAGAAACGGAUCCAAACUCUGUAUGAAAGCAGCAAAGAUCCCGAUCUGAGAAAUCGCCCGAAGUACAAGGAUGUCCGUGAGCUCACUGAGUCUCUGGAGCAGUUAAACAGUCGACCAAUUGGUGCGAUUGAUCUUGAACGCGAGCAGAAACGCCAUGAAGACUGGAUGAGGAAAGGCAAGAAGCUGUUUGGAAAAGCCAAUGCCCCUCUGCAUAUCUUGAAAUCUCACAUGGAGUAUGUGGACAAGCGCAACUCCUACUGUUUUGAUCUGGAAGACAGCUACCGCCCGCCGGUGGAGCCUUCUUCGCGUGACAACACCCCGGAGGGUUUGCUCGAGAAUCCUAACCCCAAUCCAUGGGGUCCGAAGUCACAAAAACGUGAUGUCUUUUGUAUUUGCCGGCAUCCCGAGGCGGGAAUGAUGAUUGAAUGUGAAGUCUGUCACGAAUGGUACCAUGGGAAAUGCCUUAAAAUUGCUAGGGGCAAAGUUAAGGAGUUCGACAAGUACACAUGCCCAAUCUGUGACUGGCGACAGAAGAUUCCCCGUGAUGCUGCCCGUCCGAAGCUGGAGGAUUUGCAAGAUUGGCAAGCUGAGAUCGCCGGCCUGCCUUUCCAGCCUGACGAAGAAGAGGUCUUGGAUAGUAUCGUCGGUAAGGCGACUGCGUUCCGAGAUUUUCUACAUGGUUUCUCAAAUGCCGCCUGCACUACCACCGAGGAGGUCCCGACUUUGAUUUUCUAUUUGCGAAAGAUUGAGGGUGCGGAAGUUCUUCUGGCCUACGAAACGAACUUCUUCCGCCAGGAGAUCCACAAAUGGGCGCCCGUUGCUCCACAGGCACCGCCAAUCCUGGAGCAAUCGCUGUCGACUCGGAAGCCUCGCCCAACGAAGCAGCAGAAGAUUCUAGCCCAGUUUGGCGUUGACCGGCCCGAAGAUCUUCCCGAGCAUCUUCGUGCCAAGCACAUGGCUGCCGCGAAACGGAAGUCGAUUGAUAUUCCGGGAAGUCGUCCUGCUUCACUGCAGCCUGCGCCGCCCACGCCAGGUAACAACCCUCCUACUACCACUGGCCCAACCUUGACGCCCAUGUCCGACUCCACCUCUACGGCCUACCCAUUCUCCGCCAAUUACUCCUUGCCUGCCAGCGACUCGACCCCAGCUUUUGCACCUACUUCGUCAGCAUUCCUCCCCCACGCCGCAGCGGCCUCUCAAUCACCCUCCUUCCUUCCUCGUUCUCCAAGUCCGCAGCAAAACAUCGAACCUUCGCUCUUUAGCCCACCCCGAUUCGGACCAGAGCCCCAGUUCGCCAGUAGUAGCCCUCGUCAAAAUAUGGAUGAUGUUUUUGCCGAUCUCACGAACGAAGACCCCGAAGCGGAGCCAAUUGAAAAUCUUCAUGCGAGCGAGGCACUGGAGGCUCUUGAUGCCAGCAACGGAAGCAGCCGAGAACCAUCUCCGACUGAGGAAUCUAUCCCAACAGCUACAGCUACAGCUACAGCUACUGCUCCGGCGGCCGCCGUCUCAGCCGAAGAGGAGGACGCACCAGCCGCCAAAUCCCCGAUUGUGGAAACAACCGAGGAUCCCGAGUCGGAGCUCUGA